ACCAUGCCGCUGUUGAUUUUGUCUGUCACGACGGCAUGUCACGCAAGGGCCGAAUGUCAACAUUCCCAAAUCAAAAGUUGACAUCUUGAGACACUUCGUUAUUUCUCAGCCCCCAAGAAUACAGGGACGAUAACCAGACUACAGAUAUUUGUUUUUGCUGCUUAUAUAGAGAAACUAAAGAUCUAGCAAUUACACUUUUGACAAGUUUUUUUUUUUUUCACUUGACGAAUUGUUCAAGUGGCGGUACUUUCUAUUGCCUCUAUAUUUUUUAAAUUGCAACUUUGGUUGUGUGGAUUCUGAUCACUAUUUUUCACCACGGGAUACCUGUUUUGAGAAGCAAGAACAAAAGCUAUAUAGGCAAGUGAGUCAAGACCUACCUGAGGUAACCAAUAUAGAUCGAUUUCGGCUCUCCUCUCCCACUGAAAACCUCAAAUGUUCUCAUGGAGAAAGGACAAAGCAGACAUUUCCGGGGAGGAGCCUAUCUUCCACGUCCGUUACCUAGGCUACACGGACGCUUACUUAUCCAGCGGAAGUGGCUGCACUUCCAGGCCGCUGUCCACUUUAUGGGACAACGUAUCAGAGGAGAAACAACUCCACAGAGUCGUCGUUAAAAUGGGGCUGGCAGGUCUGGAGCUCAGAUAUUUGGAUAAGUCUAUCAAAGACGAGAAAAAGACAUUUCCCAUGGAGCACAUUUCUUACUGCGCUGCGGACAAAAGCGUCAACGACCGACUCUUCUGCUGGAUCUACAAAAAUCCGACGACUGAGCAACUGGAAGCGCAUGCCGUUCUGUGCAGCUCUCGGGAAAAGUCUCAGACAAUGGCGGCAGUUCUGUCCCGAGCGUUUCACCUCGCUUACAGAGACUGGAAGGCUGAAAGACUCAGGGAAGAGAGAAAAAAGGCGCACAGCAUCAGAAGACUUUUACUGGUGGAAAAUUUUCACUUACACCUGCCAGAAUUCCCCGCUAAUCAAAACUUGCUAUCGACGAGUCAUAAAAAGUCUGGCAAUAGAAAGGUAGUUAAAUAUUAAAGCUAAGAAAAAAAACAAUGACUUCAUCUAAAUGCAUUGUACGCAAUAUUGUUUUGAAUGUUUAAACGAACAUCCUUGAAUACAGCCGCAUUUGAUGUUAGUACAAUUUACGGUACCGGAAUAUAUGACUCAUUGUCAGAGUAGGGAAAAGAAAAGUAGCCUAAGCUAUUGGACUAUUGCAUAAACACUCAUAUAAACCGCUCAACUCUUUAAUAUAUUUCAAAUGUAGGCCUACAUUACCAGUACAAGCCAUUACUGGCAAAUCAGACAUUACAUUUUUUAGAAUUGGUUGCUGUAAAUGUAUAUCAUUCAAAGGGAAACAAUCAGAAAGACUUGCAUUUUGUGCGGAAGGGAAUACGCUUUCUAAAUAUUUCAUUUUUUGUAAGCACUUAUUACAAUUUUUUUUUCAUAGUUCAUUUUUAUCUCCCUUUGUCAUAGUGUGUGAUUUUUUAAAAAUGCUUUAAUAAAUUUCCUAUGACUUUGAAAAAAAAACUAUUUUUUAUUUGGUUACGGUAGUUGAGUAUCUGGUACUGGAGUAUCUGGUAGUGGACAAUAAGACCUUUGUCUCAUAUAGCAGUACUUUACAGUCUUAUCAAACGUGGCGUUUUCAUCAGAGGUCAAUCCAUUUCAUAACAUCUUAUAUUCAUAGCUAUCACAAUUUUUUUUUAAAGUGCAAAUAUUUUGCAAGACUUAGAAUAAACAUAAAAUUCUGAAAAGGAAAAUUUUACUUGGCGUAAAUACAAGAUCCAUUAAGUAUAUAUGUAAUCUUAAGACAUAUCAAGUCUUGUUGGAUCUUAGUGAAUUCAUUGAAGGGGAGAUGUUUGUUUGUAAAAUGUUUGACGUGCUUCGGAUGUUCCUUCAGAGUUGAAGAUAAUUUACUUCCUAGACCAAACCUCCCACAGGACGACGGGGGAUGAGACCGAGCAGGGUUUAAACCCGGGACCAUCGAUACGUCCUAACAAAAGUCCAGCGCACAAACCUCACGACCAGGUAAAGGGAAAAAUGGCUGCACCUCAUGUUGCUUAAACUUGUAUAUAGAAAUAGAGAGGGAGGCGAAAAAGCAAAUGAACUUUAUUUUAUAAUUUUUAUAAUUAAUUCCUUUUUUUUUAAUUAUUAUUUGACUUUUUAUUUACAUUUUUUUUUAAAUUUCUACUUUGUUUUGCUGACUAGAGAAUAUAAUCCCCCCCUCCCCCGAUAACAUUUUUUUUUCAUGCUCGCAAUAUUUGAGACAGAGAAAGAUUUUAUCUAGAAAAAAAACAAAAAAACAGUAGGCUAUCACCGCCACUUGAUCGAUUGUCAGACAGUAAAGUCACAAACAGGAUGUUUUUGUUUUUUUCACUGACAGAGUGAGCGCAGAGAAUUGUCGUUUUUAUUUUUUUUAUUUUUGCAUGUAGUCGCUCGCUAACUUCUUGUUUGUUUUGUUUUUUUGUUCUUUAUAUGAAACUGUUGACUGUCUUGGUGGAGGUGAUGGUAUUAGUGGUGGAAAUGCAACUAAACUAACAAAAUGGAUGCAAAUGUUAUCUGAAAAAUGUCCAGCUAAAAUAAUAGAUUGUAUGUUAUUACUCUUGUGGCAAUGGGUUGUUAUACCAACAACCACAACUUCUGACUGACUGACUGGGAUAGUGUUGAAAUCGACUCAGCAAUAACUAAGUGCUUCGUGCACAAAUUAAGUUUGUCGCUGCCAGUCGACGUUCGAUUUGCUAGAAAUAAUUACAAUAUUAACAAAUUAUAUAUAUAUUUUUUUAUAUCCGCUACAACAUCAUCAUCAAAGCAAAGGCAUUCAUACAAACAUUGUGCGAGAAUCUACGUGAUCUACUACUAGCUACCAAAACAACGACUGCUACUACCAAGACGACGACAAGACGCAUAAGAAAAAGAAGUGGCUACUCUUUUGAACCAAGUGGUCUUAAGUUUGAAUCCUGGUUAAUUUUUAAAUUGUCUCCUAAUCCAUUAAGCACCAAAGGUGUGCCCAGAUAUGUUGUGCAAGUUAAAAAUAUUUGUGCCCUAGUAAAAAAAAAAAAGGGUAAGUUCCCCUUCCAACCUGGCGAUCUAUGGGGCAGAUGAUGUAAAGGUUGUUUCUGUGGCCCACUGUAAACGAGGAUGUCAUGUGGCCAGCACAACAAGCAACCACUUUUACUUUUGCCCCCCAACUAAUGUCAGGCACCCAUUAGAGCUAUGUGCCCUAGCCAUGUGGAUGUCACCAGAGGGGCUUCACGUCUUCAACCACCACUCACAAAGUCAUGGACUAACUUGACAAAGUCAUUGGCUAACUUGACAACUUUGACCAAAACUAUUUCCUCACAAAUUUUGUUUCAUGGAUUUCUGUGUGAAGUUUGAGGAGAAAACAAUUAUUUAGGAUUUCACUUAGAAUGUAAAGCAUUAGUGAAUAUGUUAAUUCUUAGCUUGUCCUGCAUAAUUAUGUUAAACAUUCAGUUCAAUAUUUGUAGAAUUAUGCUUAUUUUGUAUGAGUUAUAUAUAAAACAUAAAGACUUUUCUGUUAUCUUUAUAUUCACAUAGCCACAUUCAGUUUAUUGUGAAAUACAUAAAUUAUUACUACAUUAUAUGUUUUUAACAUUACCCACGAUACUGGUAAUAAAAAACACUUUGUCAACCAGAAAAUAACAUGUAUUCUGUUCAAUAAACAUACAUUGUGACAAUGGCACAAGCUAUCAGUUCAUAUUGAUAGCAAUUGUAAUCUAUUCUAUUAACUAGUUUUUCUACCUCAAAAAAAAAAAAAACAUUAAAAAAUUCAAUCUUAAGUUAGAAUUUUUCACGCAUUAAUCAUUCAUUGGGAGGAAAAGGGGGGCGGUGUGGGUGAGAAAGGAUAAAUGAUCUACAUCCUGUUUCUACCAAUGCAAAAACUCAGUUACAAACCAUAGGCAGAAUGCAUAAGACAUUUACAUUUGAUAAUUCCAAAUCAAGAAAGUUGUAUGAACAGUAACCUAUUAGCACAGUAACAGAAAAGUGUUUAAAUAUCCUUGGAUACACUCCUAUAACACUAGCAGGAUUGCUAAGUAUAUGCAUGGAAUACUACCAUUUAAUAUGCCAAACUGUCAGUGGGUUUAACAGUGACAUUAAAAAUAGAAUUGAACUGUUUAUUAAGAAACUAGUUCCAAACAGAAUUCAGCAUUUUCUAACACAAUUAUUAUUUCUACAAACAGUAUGAAACCAUUACACAAGAAACAUGGAAGUCUUCACAGACAGAAUCAUAUGACUUACAAAUUGUAAAAUUAAAAAAUCAAUCUAAUUAGAAUCUAGCAAAUCAUAACUUUAAAAAUGAACAAGUUUAUAUACAAAAGUCACAGAUUCAAUAUAAUAAAGAAAAAAAAGAAGUAGAAACUUGCAUUGUAAGAAAUAUCCUUGAUAUCAAACUAGAACACAACAUCACUCACAUUUAGUUCAUUCACUUAAUUAAAAGAAACAUGUUCAAAUAUUUUCAUUGAUAAGACUUUCACCAUUCCUUCCAAGUGUAAAGCACUUUUACUACUUUGAUUAUUAGUUUUUUUUUUAAAUUGACUAUUGCAAAAGAACUAUCUGUUAGAGUUUACCUGACCUAAAGAAUGCACAAUGAUCAAAAUGAUCGGCAACCACCAAGACUGACAAUCAUAAGAAAAAAUCCAAAAUUGUCUAAUAGGGUACAAACUCAGGAAAUUCAGUCUUACACUCAACACAUCCUAGCCACAUCAUCCCAUCAUUAGGCCACAACAAAAUUAUUGUAUACCUGAAAGUUACAGUUUCAACAAUUCAUUUCAAAUAGGUAUUUCACAUUUCAAAACACUGUGCUCAGAAUGUCAAUUUAAUGUAACUAUUUUUUUUAACAGAUCCAAAGCAACAAAAAAGGACAAAGUUUAAACUGUUAAAUCAAGAUAAGCUUUAUACUGUUAAAUUAAUUUAAGUCUCUGCACACACAUAUUUAUAAUGCCCCCAAUAAACAAAAUAGUGCAAACAUCAGAAUGUUUCAUUUGGAAGAAAUACUGUAGUAAGAUUUAGAUUUUUACCCCCCCUGCCCAAAAAAAAAAACAACAA